AACGUGGAUUAAAAUCACCAGGAUUGUUAUUAGAAUCCUGACCUUGAAUUUGGGGGUAGAUUAUUACAAGAGCCACAAAGAAGAAUGCUUAACAAAUCAAUUUUAUGUGGCUCUUAUGGCGAGAUUUUGGUUGUCAGCUCAGUCGGCUUGGCAGAUUUUUAGGCAUAAUUGUUAUUCCAGCGGUUUUUGGAGAGAGCUGCUCGCAGUGUUUGACGGCCUACAAGAGAGGCAGCGACACUUAGAAUAAUCUGGAAUAUUUUUCCUUGGCGUGAUUUGCUGCUGAAGGCUGGAGGACGAUGCAAUUACAGAGUGAAAAUACUUAGCGACGGCUGCUGUACGGAAUUUAAGCCCCUGACCCUUUUUCGUCAGCGCCGUUACGUCGGAAGAGUAUCACGAGCCGGUGUUGCAGCGACUUUAUUAGCCAGAAAGGAAAGAAAAAAGAGAAACAGCCCCACUGUUAUUCCGCUCGAAAUAGAUAAUAAUAACGCGAGAGUUUGCAAGUUGCCUCAAGACUGUAGUUGCAACUGUCAAAGGUGGAGUGGAUACGCGCAUGACCCAACACACAUUACUGUAAUACUGUACACGGCCGCCGAGAUAAUAUCCGUAUAAAAAAAGCGAAAUAAUCCCGAGGUAAGGAGCCGAGGAGUGAACCAAAACCGACCGAGAUUUGGCGUCUCUGCCGAUUUUUCUUCGCUUCGCUUUCUUCUACUCUCACCGACAGUCUCGCAGCUGUCGAAAUUACUGCACUAAACAUAUUUUUGUGGCUCCCUUUAGCUUCCAGCCAGCGCAAGGAUUUUUUUUUUUUUUUUUUUUUUUUUUUUUUUACUCCUCCUUCGUAAUAAAGUCGCCAUUUUGCUUCACUGCCUAUAUAAACCAUCCCGUAUUCUAAUAUUUUUCCUCAAGGAGUCGGGGACCUACGUAUGUUUUCUGGAGCUGUGUGCUUUUCCCUGCCAUUUCUGGAAAGUGUUUUUAAGGAGAAGGUUGGAGAAGAAGUGCCUCGUGGUGUACAUAUUAAUGCAGGAAAGGAGGAGUAAGGAGCGGGGGGUGGCGGAAAGGAGGCGAUUGGAAACUGGGAAUAAGGUGAAAGUGUCCUGGAUUUCUUUUCAUGUGCAGGCGGAAUUGUGAUUUCUGCUCUCCUGGUCGUCGUCGUCGUCUGUGGAGCCGGUGGAGGACGAGACGAGACGGCCGCCCGCUUCCCUCCGGGCCCCCCAGCCUCGGUCUGACCGGUCCUUGACGCACAGCAGGUGUGAUUGCCAUGUAACAGAACAUUGGUGGAAAAACGCCCACUUAGGUGCCUGUCUCCUGACCCCCUUCCUCCUCCCCUCACGUGGGUGACCCGGGGCCACCACCCGGCCCCCGGAGCUGGGUGACUGCCCGGCAGUUCAGUUGACAAACACAGCAUGGCAGCGUGCCACGUGCCGUGUUAAAAGACUUAUUUCCAGGUUGGUUUGUCAGCAGAUUGUGUGGAGAUGUGAGAUGGCAUGGAGAGCCCCAGCGGCCCCAGGCUUGGGAAGCUGUCCUCGUCGGGGCUGCCAAGGGGCCGAACCCCCAAGCAUGGACAUCCCCAGGAGCUUGUUCGAACCACGGCAGGCCCCGAAAACAACAAACACAGUCCAGUGUGUGAUGAGCCGGCAGAGGGGAAGAGGAAAGGUCGUCCUAAAGCAGAAGUGCAGGAACUGAGAAGCAUCCCUGCCCAUAUGAUAGUACAAUGGAAGGAAGAGUUUAAACGCCGCUCCAGGGUUAAAUGUCCGUGUUCAGGCUGCUGGUUAGAGUUUCCCAGCAUCUAUGGCGUCAAGUACCACUAUCAACGCUGCCAGGGGGCCACCGUAGCUGAGAAGCUGAGUCACGGCUGUCCCUACUGUGAGGCAGUGUUUGCCACAAAGGUGCGCCUGCAGAAGCACAAGCUAUGGAACCACCCAGACAGAGUUAGCAUGGAAGCAAAGCAAGAGCAGGCUAAGCUUCUAAAGACUCCUAUCAAGUCCAACACCAAGAAAAGGCCCAUGGAGAACAGUCCCCCCUCUCCGGUGUUCUUCAAAGUGAAAAAGACCCACGAGGUGUCCACACCCUCUCAGAACGGGGAGCUGGCCCACCAGAAGAGCGAGAGGAAACAGCACAGCCACAGCCAGCCUUCACAGCAGAUUCACCAGUCCCAGCCAGUCCAGCCUCAGUCUCAGCAGUCCCAGUCCCAAAGCACGUCAUCCGAUGCAGGGGAAAGUGAGAGUGAGGGGGGCAGCCUUCCCCCCUCUUUCCCAGACGAAGACCCGGAGCGAAUGAGGCACAGACGGAAGCAGAAAACGCCUAAGAAAUUCACUGGAGAACAGCCCUCUAUAUCUGGAACAUUUGGAUUGAAAGGUAUGACUAAGGUGGAGGAGAAGCUGAAGGCGGGCCGUGUAAAGAGACCGGAGGGGAGUGGGUUCAGUGAAGAGCCUCAGAGAAGACCUUCUUCGAGUCAGUCUUCCAAGAAAGAGUCAGCAACAACAAGCUCUGGUGCUGACACUCAGUGGCAGCGAGCUAUCUCAGAGCGAGGCGAAGUGGUGUGUCCCACCUGCUCCAUCGUCACCAGGAAAACAAUCCACGGGCUCAAGAAGCACAUGGAGAUUUGCCAGAAGCUCCAGGACGCCCUGAAGUGCCAGCAGUGCCACAAACAGUUCCGGUCCAAGGCCGGCCUCAACUACCACACCAUGGCUGAACACAGCACCAAGCCCUCAGGGAGCGAAGGCCAGACGGGCAACGAGCAUGAGGAGAGAGAAAGGCUGCGCCGAGUGCUCAAACAGAUGGGACGAAUCAAGUGUCCUAGUGAGGGCUGUUCAGCCCACUUUUCCAGUCUGAUGGGCUACCAGUAUCACCAGAAGCGUUGUGGAGGAGAGUUUUCUGACGAUGAGAAGCCUGUGUUUCUGUGCCAGCACUGUGGAAAACACUACCGCUCCAAGGCUGGCAGAGACUACCAUGUACGCACUGAACACUCCCCGGCCAUCACCACCACCAUGACAGCCACGACCACCACCAACAACAAGGACAACGUCACUGACACCAACAACAACACCGGAAAGGAGAGGACUGUCUCUGAGGAGUUUCCAUCAGGAGGCAGGAAGGAGCUAAGCCAACCUGAGAAGAGGGACUGGCAGGAGAAACCACCAUUCAGCCAUCCUAAGGAGAAGGACAGGGAAGCUAGAGAAAAGGAUUGGGAGAAGGAGAGGGAGAGAAACAGAGAAAAACCAGUCCACGCUGAGAGCCAGGGCGAGGAUUUUGAAAGGACCCCCAGUGGCAGAGUGAGGCGGCGGUCAGCUCAGGUGGCCGUUUUCCACCUGCAGGAGAUAGCAGAGGAUGAGCUGGCCAAGGACUGGGGCACCAAGCGGCGCAUCAAGGACGACCUGGUGCCCGACAGCAAGAGGUUAAACUACACCCGGCCCGGCCUCCCCAACUUCAGCCCAGAGCUACUAGAGGCCUGGAAGAACCAAGUCAAGGAGAAAGGCUUCAUCUGCUGCACAAAUGAAAACUGUGAAGCUGUCUAUUCCAGUGUAUCAGGACUAAAGGCACAUCUCGCCAACUGCAGCCAGGGUGGAGGUGAACUGGGGAAGUAUACCUGUCUGAUCUGUCAGAAGGAGUUUAGCUCAGAGAGCGGUGUCAAGUACCACAUUAGCAAAACACACUCACAGAACUGGUUCCGGGCAGCAGCUAGUCAAGUGGUCGCCAGUAGCAAGAGUAAAGUCCUGGAGAACAAUGGGAUCAAGGCUGAGGUGAGGAACGGUGCCACCACUGGUAAGAAGAGGGGCCGCAAACCGAAAGAGCGCCCCCCUGUGGAUGAGCCUUCUCAAAAACAAACUGAAGCACUUACCACUACUCAAAACUCAGCCCCUGCCGUGUUCCCUUCUUCAGUCCCAGCACAUUCCCCAACCCUGACCCGCGACCCAACAGACAGUAAUAAUUCAGGCCAAAACAGACAGCCCAUCCCCUCCGCCACCAGACGAAGCAAACCCAAGAGGCUGUUACUGUCAGAGUAGCGCCGCUUUUGUCGACCCAGGAGCCAGAGUGGACACUUGCUGUACGUGUUAUGCCGGGAAGCUGAAACACCUUUCUAACUCCACAAGGACUUGGCACUUAGGAGAAAGCCAAAUCAACAACUGAGACGUGAAACAUUUAGUACAGUCUUCAGAUCCUGGAUUUGAAACCCCCCAGAGUUAUUGUGUGUACUGUUGUAAACAAUACUCCAAACAGUAGUGCUUUAUUUCUCCAUUCCACUUUUGUCUCCUUUUUAAGGCACACAUUUCAGUUUCUGUACUCACAGCAGGGGUGUCAGUAAAAAGAUGAAAUCCUGACCUUUACAUGGAUAGCAUUUUUAAAACAGAGGUAGUAUUCCAAAUAAAUGGAGAGUAAUUUUCUCUGCCAGAUUCGUGGUGUUGUGUUUGAGAGAUUUUGAAAAGGAUAUUCUAUUAGCAUGGUGAAGUCAUUUAAUGAUAGCUAGUGUUUUCACAUUUUUUCACAGAUAUACUGUACUGUGUACAUAAACAAUAUCUAUAUAUAUAUCUAUAUACUCAAAGCAAUGAUGCCAUCUGUCAUUUUCAAGCCUGACACGUCCAGUUGGAUCAUGAGCAGUCAGAAUUUUUGCAGUGUGUGCUGUAGUGCAAUGUUGUUUUGAAUUAGAUUUUGUUUUCCUGGUUUUGCUUUCAUUGUUUUUUACUUUUCAUGUUUCAUGUAAGCUAAUGUCAUAUAAGCUAAAAUGUUGGUCAGUUGUUAAUCAUGUUCCACUCUUUUUCCUACAGCUGCCACUUAAGUGACAUUUAUUUUCACAUGACAGUGAAAGGUGUCUGCUUUGACAACCAGAAUUAAGUGUCAAAAGAUUAUUUCCGCAUUUCUUUUACACUGCAGUUGGAGAGCAGAAUACCCCAAAAAGUGAUUGUUAGAAAUUUUCAUCUGUAUUGUAUAAGUUACUUACAAUGAUGUGUAAUAUGACAUUGUUUAAUUGAUUUUAAGCAAAAGUUGAAGCAUUCUAAAAUAGGACUGGCAAAGCUAAAUGUUUGACAGAAGGAAAGACUUUGUGUGAAGCUUGUUGCACCAUUGCAGCACAAUCAAAUGAUGUGACACCAUUUUAAAGGCGGCCAUGUUUUGGCUACUGCUUUAGCUUGAAUCAAAGCUGAGGAGAGAAGUAAAAUACUAUCUUUUAUAGAGAGGUUGAGGAUAAUAAUCUUUUAUUAAACAGAAAAAAUUUCAAAUGAAAAUCCACAUAUAAUAAUGUAUAUGAAUUAAUUUCUGGACGCUCAAAGUUAUUGCCUUGCACUUUAACCCUUAACCCUUCUUGCUCCCCUCUUGUAUUUUUGCACUCCAGGAAUAUUCAACCUUACCUAGUGGUUGGCUGGUACAGGAGUGGGGAUGUUUUACUCUGAUGAAAAACUAGAGGAAAUCUAAAUUUAUCUUUACAUGGGUAAUGAGCAACAUGAUUAACUCUUUCUAUAUAGUGUCUGAAAUCCAACUCGACCGUAUAAUUAUGACCAGAAAGCCAUAACCGGUCCUGUUGAAGUUUAAGGCUGCUCUGCCACUUGAUAUUAGAUUAGCUUCAGAUUUUAAAAACAAAUAUGAAAUAUUAAAUUACUUUUCAAAUCUAAAAGAUCAGAGAAUAUUUUCGCUUUAACAUGUUUAAAGUAGAUACUUGAAUCCACAGUUGUGUUAACGAUUUGAGCAAAUGACAACUCCAUAAAUAUUUGAUUAUAUUUGCAGUUUAUGUCCAUAAAAAUAAUGACUCGCUUGCUUGAAAAAGAGACAGAUCAUAAAUCUAUUUUAUAUUCUAUCGUGUGUGUUACCUAGAUAGCAAUCUGAUAGCUUUGGAUAAAAUUGUGAUGUGAGGAUAUUCUGGUGAGAUUAUAAGGGUGCUUUACUUGCCACUCUACCUUAAGGACCUGAUACAACUCACUUUAGUCCACUGAUCCAUCCUGCCAUGAUCUCCUCACUGGCAAGUCCUCUGAAUUUUGCACCAAAAUGUCAAUGUCAUCAUAAAAAUCAAGCACUGAUGUCAGCAGAACAUUUUCAAGAAACGUUGAAUUUGAAUUUUCUAUGUGUCCCAGGUGGUGUCAUUCCUACGCUGUGACUUUUUAUAAAGUAACGCAAAGAUUCAGUCUGAGUUCCUCCAUUGCUAAUCAACUGAUGGAGUGAGUUCAGAUGGGGAUGAUUAUGCAUGUGUCUCUGACAGUGGGAUGGACCUUUACAGUAACUUCUAUCCAGGUUCAGUUGAUGGAGAGGAUGAGUUAGACGAGCACUGAUUGGUCCUUGGACUUUUUCAAUAUGAGUUGUCCAGACCUUGUGUGUGCGUGCGAGUGUGUAUGUGUGUGUGUGUGUGCGCAGGCGUAUGUGUGCAUUAAACAGUUAGCACCUUUGUAAUGACUGGAUGUCAGAAAUGGUAACACUUUAGUCGAGUGUUACGCCGUGGCACAGAAUCAGUUCAUCAGCUGCUUGUUACUCGUUUCAUUGAUAACGUCACAUUGACUGUGUUUACCUGACAAGCUUUGGUGUUGCAAUAUGAUAGUUUAGCACUGCUUUUAACAGUGGGUAUUUUAUAUUUUAUCACACCCUUUACUAUCUGUCUUCCUAUGAUGUGGAAAACACAUAUCUAUCCCGCAGUGUGAGCUAACUGCAACAUGUUUAGAGAGUACAGCAAUACACCAUAUUUAGCUGAUUUUGUUGGCUUGCUGAUAUUUUGAUAUUGAUGUGUCUUCUCAAAAUUGUAUGGCUUUUUUUUCACUCCCCUACUUUUAUUUGUUUGCUUUGAAAACGCUUUUUACAUGUUAUGAAAUCUAAACAUUAAACAAAAAAAGGUUGAAAAAAUUUGUAGACCACCGAGAACAUUGUAGGCCUGUGUGUUGGCAUACACUGUUAUUUUAUCCAUUUUGAUGAUGCACAUAAAUUGAGCUUUUUCAGUACAUGAUGGCAAACACAUUGAGAGAGUCCUUUAUUAUUAUCUAUUCAAUAUGGGACAACAAAGGCAUAUGUAUGUGUGUUUGUUUCUGUAUUUAGUGCACUUACUAUACCAUGAAAUAGGCUUGAAAUAGGAGUGUUGUUGGAGCUUUCUAGUUACCUGGACUGUGUGUGGUGUGAAUUUUGUACCUGGGGAAACAGCAGGCUCAAGUGUCUUCCCUUUGUCAGCAAUGUUAUUUCCAAAAACCAAGAUUGAUCCUUAGAAAUCCCCUUAGGCAGCCUAAGAAUUUUACCCUUUUAUUUGGACAACAGUGGUCCGUUUUGUAUGCUACCUACUUCAAAAGCAGGAAAUGGCAUCCGGCUCUGUUUGUCGGGGCCCUUGUGAUGAAACUUUUAAGAGUUUUAAGAGAUGAUGCUGUAGCUCAUAGCUGUUUAUGGCAUAGAGGUAACAGAUAAAAUGAGACUAAUUAUGUAUUAAAGAUUUCCAUAUCUGAAAUUAAGCUGUAUAGUACCUAACAUUGGAGGAAUCAGUGCCUCCUUUGAGUCUGAACUGUUACAAUUUUUCUCCCAAACUUGUUGUAUUACCUGUGCAUUAGUAUCCCUCAACUAAUUAAUAAAAGUUUGUUGACUAAA